UUUUUCCUAUAUAAGUAAGAUUCGCAUCGUGAGUUUUAUUUAAAAAUUAUAAACUCAAUUGUAUAUUCAACACUCAAUCAAAUAAAAACGACAAUGUCUCAUUUAUUUUUUUACUUUGUUAUUAUAUCAGCAGUUUUUGCAGCAGGUAUAAAUGCUCAAGGUGGUAUUCGAUGUAAUGAGAAUGAAGUGUGGUCUCAGUGUUCAAAAAAUUGUGAAUCAAUUUGUCCUGGAACACCGAAAGCUUGUAUCCUCAGUUGUGCGCCUGGAUGCAUUUGUAUUCCAGGUUAUUCAAGAACAGAUAGAAAAGGUACUUGCGUACCAACUUCCGAAUGUCCACAAGCUCAAUAAAAUUCUACUAAAUCAAAUACAUUUUAUAAAUUUAUAAGUAUAUAGAAAAGUGUCCUGAUAAUUCAUUUUCAAAGUAAUAUAGGUCAAUAAAAUUAUUAA